AUGGACGGCAUUGAGAAGGGUGAGCUCGCCCAUCAAGAGGCGGCUCGCGACCACGAUGUCGUUGGAAACCAUGGUGUCAACCCGGAAGAGGCGAUGCAUUGGGGCGAGUUGACGGAGAACGAGCUUGUUCUCGAAAAGCAGUUGAAGCGAAAAAUUGACAUGCUCAUCAUGCCGCUGGUGAUGCUGGUAUACUUGAUGAACUACAUCGAUCGCAACAACUACGCUGCGGCCAAGUUGCAAGGCUUGAAGGACGACUUGAAUCUCAAAGGCGCGGAGUAUCAGACCGGCCUGUCUAUCCUCUUCGUCGGCUACGUCCUUAUGCAAGUGCCUUCGAACCUCCUUCUCAACUACUCUGGCAAACCGUCAUGGUACAUUGGAUUCUGGGUCAUUGCAUGGGGUCUCGUCUCAGCCUUGACGUCUCAAGUCAACAACUAUGGCGAAAUCGUCGCUUGCCGCUUCAUCCUUGGGUUCGUGGAAGCCCCGUUCUUUUGUGGAGUACUUUUUUACUUGUCCAAGUGGUAUACGAAGAAGGAACUUUCCUUCCGUAUGGCCAUCUUCUACUCUGCUUCCCUGCUCUCUGGCGCCUUCGGUCCCCUUAUCGCCGCGGGUAUUCUGAACGGUUUGGACGGUGCUCGCGGCAUCCCGCCCUGGGGUUGGCUUUAUAUCAUAGAGGGAAGCAUCACCGUCUUUAUCGGCGUGAUCAUCUUGUUCGUCCUGCCAGACUUCCCUCAUACCUGGAAGCUGCUGUCGCCGGAGCUCAAAUUCGUUGCCAACAGGCGUAUGGCCAUCGAUGCUGCGGAAGCCGACGUGGACGAAGCCGGUGGCAUGUCACAAUUGAGGGGCAUGGUUCUCGCCCUUACCGACAUCAAGACCUACCUGAUCUCAAUCAUGUAUCAUUGCAUCACCGGCGCCACUGGCUUCCAGAACUUCUUCCCGUCGUUGACUCAGACUCUCGGCUAUUCAAAUGUGAUUUCGCUCCUGCUCGUGGCUCCGCCAUAUAUCUUUAUGGUCUUCUACAGCUACUUUCACUCUUCCCUCUCGGACAGGCUCGGAAUGCGUUACGUCUUCUGGAUGUAUCCCAUCCCGAUCGUCAUUGUGGGAUGCUUCGUCUUUAUGUUCACGGACAGCUUCGGUCCGCGAUACUUCAGUCUUUUCCUGCUGAACUUUGCAUUUACUAUGAACAGUACUGUAUACGCAUGGAUUUCCAGCUCAAUUCCGCGUCCCCCAGCGAAGCGGGCUGCUGCCAUUGCUUUCAUGAACAGCGUUGGUAACGCAGCAUCGAUCUGGACACCAUUUACGUACUGGGACGGCUCGGCUCCACACUACCGUCCUGCGCUGGGCAUCGUUGUUGGGCUCAUGACUGUUGCCGGCAUUACGGGGACCAUUCUGCGAUUCUACCUUGCAAACGAGAACAAGAAGUUCGAACGCCUCGAACAAGCCGACACCGAGCUUCGCGAGAAGGAUCUCAAGAGAUUGCAGAAGACUGCCGAAAUGUAA